AUGAAAAUGGCCAAUAUAUCAACCAUAAAUUGGUUUUUCGUGUGCGGCCUUUCGUUUUGUCUGGGUGGCAUUGCAGUUCUCAGUUUUAUGCCGCUAAGUUCAGACUGCAUAUGUCCGCUGAAGAACCCAUUGAGUAGACUUACUGAGGAGCAUGCGACGAAGCCAAUCGCUCGAUCUCCGCAUAAAAUGGCUGUUUUGGUGCCUUUUCGGGACAGAUUCGAGGAGUUGCUGCAGUUUGUGCCACACCUGACACAGUUCUUGCGUCGCCAAGGCAUCGAGCAUCAUAUAUUUGUGCUGAAUCAGGUGGAUAGAUACCGAUUUAAUCGUGCCUCACUCAUCAAUGUGGGAUUCCACUUUACUAGCGAAGUGUACGAUUAUAUUGCCAUGCAUGAUGUGGAUCUUUUGCCACUUAAUAAUGAUCUGCUGUACGAGUAUCCCAGCAGCUUGGGACCGCUACACAUUGCCGGGCCCAAGUUGCAUCCAAAAUAUCACUACGAUAAUUUUGUGGGCGGCAUUUUGUUGGUGCGUCGGGAGCACUUUCAGCAAAUGAAUGGCAUGUCGAAUCAAUACUGGGGCUGGGGAUUGGAGGACGAUGAGUUCUUCGUUCGAAUCAGGGAUGCCGGUUUGCAAGUCACACGGCCCCAAAACAUCAAGACUGGCAUCAAUGACACUUUUAGCCAUAUUCACAAUCGUCACCAUCGCAAACGGGAUACACAAAAGUGUUUUAACCAAAAGGAGAUGACACGGAAAAGGGAUCACAACUCGGGCCUCAACAAUGUCAACUAUAAAAUACUAAAAGUACACGACAUGACAAUCGACAACACACAAAUUACAGUUCUUAAUAUAUUAUUUGAAUGUGAUGUAAAUAAAACGCCUUGGUGCGACUGCUCGGGAACAGCAGCAGCUGCUUCCGCUGUACAAACCUAGUUAGACAAGAGCAAAACUAA